AUGAAGUGGCUUUUCUCGGUUGUUGCCUUUUUGGCGAUUCAAAUUGUUUCGGCAUCUCCGGUCAUCGAAAAAAGGGCCUCCGUGAACGAUGUGGCCAACAUUGGAUACGCUACGCUCAACGGAGGUACAAGCGGUGGCUCUGGCGGGACCACUACGGUUGUGACAUCCCUCUCUGCACUUACUUCUGCUGUUUCCGGGUCAGCGAAGAAGGUGGUUGUCAUUCAAGGUACUAUUACCGGAAACACCGUAGUCAAAGUUGGCCCCAACACCACCAUCGUGGGCCGUGGAGGGUCUUUGGUCGGAGUCGGUCUUCGAGUUCUCGACGUCAGCAACGUCAUCAUUCGCAACCUCAAGGUUUCAAAGGUCCUCGCCUCAGCUGGAGAUGCCAUUGGCGUCCAAAAUUCACACCAAGUUUGGCUUGACCAUCUUGACCUUUCCAGCGACCUGUCUCAUGACAAAGACUAG